UUUGUAUGAUCCGUUGGUCGGAUAUUGUCAAGGGCUUGGAUUUUUAGUUGGUCCGAUGUUGAUGAACAUGACUGAGGCACAAGCAUUUUGUGUAUUUGUUCGCUUAAUGGAAACGUAUGACAUGAGAACUAUGUUUACACUCAACAUGGAGGGCCUUCAACUCCGCCUUUAUCAAUUCUCAGCACUUCUCGCUCAAAUUCUUCCAAAACUUCAUGAACACUUUCAACGCCAUGCUAUACAUCCUGCUAUGUUUGCUUCGCAAUGGUUUCUAUCACUUUUUGCUUACACUUACCCUUUGCCAUUGGUACUUCGUAUUUAUGAUAUAGUAUUUGCUGAAGGUGCACCUGAGACAAUUAUGCGUGUAGCAAUUGCAUUAUUGAAGAAAAAUGAAUCCAAUUUACUCUCGUAUGAAGAGUUUGAAGAUCUUUUGGAUUUUCUCACAUCUCGAUUAUAUGAGGCCUAUGAUAAUAAACCAACUGGACUCAUUAAGGAUGCUAUGGCAUUAAGUUCAGUAAUAACAAAGGCAAAAUUAGAUCAACUUUCUAAGAGUUAUGUGAAAGAAUUAGAAGAUCAAAAGAAACGUUCCGAAAAAUUAGUUGCUGUUCGAUUCAAUGGAAGAUUUGCUGCUCCCAAAAAGGAAAAGAAAGAAGAAUAA